CCAAGGUCGCUUUGCGGAGCGGGAGCGCGCUUAAGUGACAAGACCCUCGUGCGAGGGGCGCGCUGUGUCCUUCCGCCUGGGUACCGGCGGCGACAUGUCUGGGUACACGCCAGAUGAGAAGCUGCGGCUGCAGCAGCUGCGAGAGCUGAGGCGGCGAUGGCUGAAGGACCAGGAGCUGAGCCCUCGGGAGCCGCUGCUGCCCCCGCGGAGGAUGUGGCCGGUGGAGGAAUUCUGGAAUAAGUUUUUGCAGGACAGGGCCCCCUGGAAGAACGUGCUCUAUAAGACAUACCGACACAGUAUCUUUGCUUUUACUCAUGUACUUAUACCUGCUUGGAUUAUUCAUUAUUAUGUCAAAUAUCAUGUGAAUACAAAACCAUAUGCCAUUGUUGACAGGAAGCCCAGAAUAUUUCCAGGUGAUACAAUUCUGGAGACUGGAGAAGUAAUUCCACCGAUGAAAGACUUUCCUGAGCAACAUCAUUGAAGAUUACUUUAAAAUUUCAAAGGUGUAUCAGCCCAAGUUUGUUCCUACAUUACCACAUUUAGUGAAUAUAUUUUCUGGAAAAGUAACUUUAAUAAAGUUUACUCUCAGA